ACUAAAUUAUUUACUAAGGAAAAGUUUAAGAAUUAAAUGGUUAGUUAUAUAAAAGUUGAGAGAUUAAAAUGGAUUUUUAAGCCACAUUUCUGUAAAUAGUAACCUCGAAAAUUCCAUCACAUCGAUUGCAUAAAAUUUCUUGUAAUCGGAGCACUUGUGAUUCCCCCAAAACUAAGAGAUUAUCAAACGGUUAUUCGUUUUGUCAGAUUGCAUAAAAUCAAACUCCUAAUCCAACUUCUUUAAAAAAAAAAUGCAUUUACCAUUUCAUCUUUGUUUCUAAAAAUCCUCUCUCUUAGUCUUAAUCCAUUCAUACAAUGCAGAGGAGAUUCCGGCGAGUUCUCACCACUGUCAAAGAAAAUUGUUCCGUCGGCUACGCCAAAAUCGUCACAGCCAGUGGAUAUUCCGACGUCGAUCUCAUAGUCAUCAAAGCCACCGCUUCAAAUGACUCACCGUUGCCGGAAAAGUACGUUCAAGAGCUUCUCACAAUCUUCGCCUUCUCUCCCCCGUCGUAUCGAUCCUUUACCCUCAGCUUUUCCCGUCGAUUUCGAAAAACUCGCUGCUGGCGAGUUGGACUCAAAUGUCUGCUUCUCCUCCACAGAUUGCUCCAAUCAGUCCUCGACAACACUGAAUUCCGAUUACACCUUCUUCGCAGCCGAGCUAAUGGCUCGAUUUCUUUCCAUCAGCACCAAAUCCGUGAGGAUGAAGAUUAUUCCUCUUUCAUCAGAUCCUACGCUCGGUUGCUCGAUGAAUCUCUGAAUUCCGAUUUAUUCUAUUACACAAAAACACCAGAUGAUUCAUCUGGAAACGAAGCGAACGGAACAAUUUCGAGUAGAAUCAACGAAAUUAACAGAGUAAUUGAAAUAUCGAAACCGAUGCAGAACCUAAUCGACAAAGUAAUCGAUUGCAAACCGGUUGGGAGAGCAGCACAAAGCUUCACAGUUCGAUUAGCGAUGAAGCACAUAGUCCGCGAGAGCUUCAAUUGUUAUCAAUCCCUCAGUCGGGAGAUCGAUUCAACCGAAGACAGUCUUCUUCAACUACCGUACCGGAGUUGCAUAGCGGCGAUGGAAAUAUACAAGAAGGCCGGCAUUCAAGCAGACCGACUCUCGGAGCUUUACGAUUGGUGCAAGUUGAUGGAAGUGUGCAGCAUUCAUGAAUUCCCUGACAUCAAUCGUAUACCGGAAGCGCGGAUCGAAGCCCUAGAAGCAUCCGUGGGGAGGAUGUGGCAGGUGACGGAAUCUUCGUCUUCGUGUACCAGCUCGAGCGCAUCAAAGUCGUCGACGACGGGUUCUCCGGCAACGGGGAGUGAGAAUGGAGUGAAGGAGAGGACAAGGGGGAAGCCAUUGAUGGAGUUAGAAGAAAGGAGUUGGGAAGAUUUGCUUGAGGCUUCUGCUUCGUUUACGUUGGAAUGGGAUUCCUUUUGGGAAUGCAAUCGAGAGGCAGAAAGAAUGGAAUUCUUCGACCCUCCUCUUAAUCCCUUCCACCAUCAUUCUUUCUUUCCAACAAAUACAACAAAAUAAUUAGGGAAAUAUAUACCUCAACUCAUAAUUCCGUGCAUGAAACUUAUUAUCAUAU